AUAACUGAUCGCUUAUAACACCAGGGUUGUCUUGAUAACUUAUCCAGUCUCCAAUCUUAAAACUCAAGUAGCAGAAUUCUUCACUGCGUUUUUUUUAAUCAAUGAAGUGCGUAGAAACUGACCUUUACUUUUCAGCGAAAAUCGCACGGAGACUGUACUAUUUUUGCUCACAGCCCAUGGAAUCUCAGAGAUCGCCGAGCGGUAUCACAGCUGCGCGAGUUCAUACAAUUCUGUCAUCUCACGUCCGGGUUCCGGGUUUGGAAUCAUAUUAUUAAAGGAGUUAUUUUUAAAUGGCUCGGGGUUUGAAUAAACUUCCCCCUCCGGAUCCCGAUGAAACUGUAGCAACACAGAGAUACUACUGCAGUGCAGUGACACUACGUUUGACUCCCGGUAACUCGAACCGUCAGGGGAUUUCAAGUCCGAGUUAUCGGGAGUUCGAGUUAUGGGUGGAUACGAAGAAAUGACAAAAAAAUAAUCGAACAAACAGAAGUGUGUUAGUCAAAUAUAAAGCAGCCCAUAGUCAGAUAGCAAACAUGUUGAUAAUUUCCUUAGGAUCUCCUACCACUAGCCUACGAUUCGGUCCAAGUUAUCAACCAUGCAGUCAAUAUGGAACCCUGUUUAUCAAUGAACAGGACCACAUUUGAUACUGGUGUCAAAAUGUUAAUCUGUAUGAGAAAGGUAAGUACUAUUGAUACUCAAUACUCAGGGCCUUGGUCUGUAAAUACACCUCUUACAGUGUAAGUGUUAUUGAGUUGCAUCAAUGGAAUUUAUACACUGUAUCUGUUUAUUUAUGAAAACAGUGUGAAUAAAAUGUCACCUUGGUGUACACGUUUUUUCGUUCCCCAGAACGAGAGUAUAAAUAGUGGAUGUAAAAAGUGAAGCGAAUGUGACUCUUUUUCCCCUCCACUCUCCUAUCUUCGGUUUUGUACUCGUCAACUUUUUUACUUCAUUUGGCACGAUUCCCAGGCCUCGAGGAGUAAAGAACAAAUCAAAUUCUGUUGCUCAUUUGGAGCAAAAAAAGCAUUUUGUAAACCCUGCUUGCAUAAAACCAGUUGAAAAAAUAACCAUGAUAUUCUUUUUUUCUAUGGUCUGGGCCUGAGUGUAUUAUUGCUUUCAGGUAAGUUGGUGGAAGUCGCAAGCAUCAUUAACACAAAUGUCUCAUAAUGACGCACUGUCAUGUCCCAGAAGGUUGAAGACAGUAACCACACAGGCAGCCUCUUGUUUGGAACUCUUUAUUGGGGGCGGUGGGGAGGAGGGGGAGGGCAGAAAUCCGAGUGACUGAACGAGUCCAUGGAACGCGAAGUCCGAGACGAGAAAGCACGUAACUGGAAGGGGACCAGAGGGAGGGGAUUAAUUGUUGAAUUCCUUGGAGAAUUUCGGGCAAUGUAUAACUACCAUUCCAAAGCAGAAUUUCCAGAAAAAUUAAAUACGAAAAAAGACUGGCCAGAACAGAAAUCUAUAACUACUCUUAUACAAGCGUUUAAAAAACCCUAAGUGUUUUAAUCUACCUCAAUAAGAGGUUCACAUACAUGCGAGCAAUUAAUAAUACUAAAGAUAAAUUGUGCAAAAUAUAAUCAGAGGGCUCAUUUGCAUUCACAACAGCCAUAAAAAUUGCAUUACAUGAAAACAUUGAUUUGUUCACAGGCCAAGCUUAAUGAUUCAACAGGGCCUAUUCACUUUAACGAGUAUGGCAAGCGAAAAGGAAUUGAACUGGAUAUUUUGAAUCUCCGAAACAAUUCCUUUCAAAAAGUAAGUAAUGAUUUCUUAAAUUCUUAUGUUCAUGAGGUAGUUUUUCAAAAAUUAUGCUACCAUAGAUUACAUUUAUCAGUCCAGAAUAUAAUGUGCGCGCACAGAGGGCCUAGUUUUCAGCAGGUCAUACGAAAGCGAUCGGUUUCGUUAAUUAAAAAAAACACAUGUUGCUAUUAUGCUUAUUCAAAAAAAGCAAGUGUGUAUCAGAAGAAUCUUAUUGUCUUCUUUUUCACGACACUAAAACAGACGGCACCAUUUGUAAUCAGAAAAAAGGAAGAGCAAGACGGUGCAGCUUGGUAUGAAGGAUACUGUAUCGAUCUGCUGAAUGAACUGGCAAGAAAUCUCAAGUUUACGUAUGAGAUCUAUCACUCCCCGGACGGGUUGUACGGCGCUGAAAAGGAGAAUGGAACCUGGAAUGGAAUGAUUGGCGAGUUAGUAAACAAGCGUGCUGACAUCGCUGUUGCGGCUCUCACCAUAACUGAACGUCGAGAUAAAGUGGUGGACUUCAGCGUCCCUUACAUGUACUACACUGAAGAGAUGUUACUAAAGAAGACAUCUUCAACAGCGAAAAUUGAUUAUCUCCAGUUUUUGACUCCAUUUGAAACUUACGUUUGGUUUGCUAUUCUAACCAGCUUAAUGGUCAUUUCUAUUACCUUGUUCACGAUAAACUACUUCAGCCCCUAUCGAUACAAAGAUGAUACCGACAAAGCAACAUCGGAGGAAUUUAGUUUUUUCAACGGCGUGUGGUUUGCAUUGGCUUCUCUACUGCAACAAGGAACCAAUAAUACGCCUAGAAAUUUGCCAGGUCGAAUCCUCGCUGGUUGCUACUGGUUCUGCAUUCUAAUCUGGGUUUCAACAUACACUGCAAAUCUGGCCGCUUUUUUCUCUGUAAAGAACACCGUGAGUCCCAUCAAUAACCUUGAGGAUAUUGUCGAGUCCUCUUAUCAAGUCGGAGUGUACGACUCGUCAAGUGUCCAUGAAGCUUUCAAGACAAGUCAAUAUGAAACUCACAGGAAGAUUUGGCAAAGGAUAGAAGCGGAAAACACCAUAGUUCAAAGUACAUCUGAAGGCAGUCGUUGGGUGCGAGAGAGAGAUGAGUUUGUGUUUAUUGAUGACGGGCCAAUUCUCAGACAUGUGGCCAAUCAGCCACCCUGCGAUCUCACCGUAGAAUCUCAUCCACGGGGGAGUAGAAAUACUCCCAGUUUCUUUAUGCCACAAAAACUGGAGAUAAACGCCGGCCUGAUAGGCUCGAGCUCAGAACCGCUAUCCAAACUCAUGUAUAUGACGACUUUCUAUUACUAUAUUGCAGUUUCAGGUUUAACCACAGCUAAAGGACUUGCACUCGCUUUACAAGACAAUGAUCCACACACCACUGACUUCACACUAGCUAUUUUACGUCUACACGAGAAUAGAUUUCUUGAAAACGUGGAGAGGAAAUGGUGGAAAACCAAAACUGGGUGUCCCCAGGAGCAAGCGACAAUGUUGUAUCCAAAGCGUAUUGAUCUGAUGAGCAUGCUGGGAGUGUACGCUGUACUGGGUGUUGGGGUUAUAGUCGCAUUACUGGCGUUGAUUGCAGAGUUCAUGUGGAAAAGCAAAGAACGAAAGAUAAAUAGCAAAGGUGUACCUGCAAGCUCGGCCUCAAGUGACGUCACAAGUUUGGCGAAGGCAGGCCGCUCGGAGGGGUCUGGAAUCCAGCAUGACAUUGUGAUCUCGGAACUGUCAUCGUAGCAACAUUUUCUGUCGCUGAGGACUGAUUUGUAGGAAAGAUUGAUCGUUUGGUUAAAGUAGACACUGACAAUAUAAUCAACUAAUCAACUGUUCGAUCACAUGAUCGAUCGAUUAAUCAUUCAAUGAAUCAUUUAACAGUUUAUUUAUAGACGUAGACCGUACAUGAAGGAGCUAGAAACCAAGUUAAAAUACAUUGUGAAGGAAAAGUACGAACACUAAAAAGUGAUUAAACACUAAGCUAUUAAAACUCAUAUAUGAAGGCUCAUUAACUACAUGUACAUAUAUUACAUUAUAAAAUGCACGAAAGAAAACAGUUCCACUCAAAAUUGAUGAUUACUAACUCGUCAAUCUUCUGUACUUCUUGCUUUCUAAACGGUUAACUUUUUUAAAAGAGUUUGCAGAGACCACGGGUAAAUAGCGUAAAGUAGAUCCAUUUCAAUCCCCUGCAGGUCGUACCCAGCGUUUUUACAUUUGAUGUGAACAAAAAAAAAAAAAAAAAAAAACAUUUACAUAUGGGUAGCGGUUUAUCCCAGGCUAACACGAUGUACCGAGUUUGUAUAUUUGUCACUGUCAAGUCUUUAGGAGGCGGAGGUUUUUCUUGAUGUUUAAUUAUGAAAAGGCAAACAACGCAUGAAGUCAAUAGAGUGUCACUGAAAUAGUGUACGGUAAGUAUAGAGAGUACGUUCUACUUCUAGGUACGUCACGCUUUAAUUUGUCCCAGAUCGAGGUUAUCUUUCUUUCAAAAUUGAAGUAAAGUUUACAUGCUAGCCACAUAAUAUUGUUAUUAUCUUUUUAAAAUGCCAUUGUAGCUUAUUGCAGGUAACCUCCGGGCAAGAUGAACCGAACCGCGAAUCUUGUGCUGUGAUUGGUUACUCGAGCGGGCAAGAUGGAGCUAACUUUUCCUCUCGGGAUUACUCCCUGUUUCCCGCAAGAUUUUCCAUAUAAUCAUCAUUUAUUGACGAAGCUCCGUCUCUGGCCAUAAACACGCGCAAAAAGUGUGUGUGCGUAUUUUGUCGACCAAAUUUAGUGAUAAUGUGCCAAAAUAUUUUAUAUUGAAACUGCUGACGUGGAUUUAAACUCCACUUUACACGUUCCCUCCCUUCCCCAAGGAAUGAUUCUUAUACCGAUUUCCUAGUUUAAUUAGUAGCACAAACAUGUUAACCAUAUUUCAGUUGUUCCAUCUUGACUUUCACUGAGAAGUGCAAUCUGAAGAAUAGUCACAAAGACGGGAGGGAUAUUGGUAACUUUCGCAGUACGCUUGCACUGCAGCUUCUGUUGACUAAAAAGACUAAUCUGGCGACAUUCUUAAUAAGUAGGAAGUUGAUCAUGCAGAAAUUCGUAAAAGGAUAGAAAAAUUGAAAUUACACUAUAAUAAUUGCUGUGACACUUGUUUAUCUUUAUUCAUCAUGAGCAUUCUUGCAUACUCCUAGUUUGUUUUACUUUUUGGAAUGCUUCUUAUAACUUUAUGGCUGAAGAAUGCCAUGAACUGCUUCCAUGUGUCAAGGGUGCAUUACAAGCUAGUCUAUCUGCCAAAGGACAACAAGAGAAUGAAGCUGCUUAUUUAGCAUAACUACGAUGUAAAGAAAAGAUGUCAACUGUAAUUUCUGCAAGACGCUUAUGAAUAUUAUUCCAAACUUUGUUCAAAGCUCAUUCAUUAAAAUGAAUGUAGCUUUUUUGAAGGUAUUCUAGACUUGAAUUGCUUUGUAGUUGCAUUGGCUGUGCCGACUUUCCACAGGAAUGGACACACACAAAAAAAGGCAGAUCGAUCAAUCGCGAAAAAGGGAACAUGUUGAAGGUUUGCUGUCUCGAUCGGCAACCCUGAAUGCUUUAGGAAAAAUGAUAUUUAGUACAACAAUCAAUUCUGUACAUCAAGAACAGCAAAUUUAUGAGUCUGAAGCUAGCGGGCAGUAACAUCGC